AUAUGACGGAUUGAGGAAGAUGAACUUGCACUUAACCCCGUUUUCGUUUAAAAUUGUUUGUUAAAUCUAUAUUUUGGGUUUCCUAGGACACCGUAUAAAAAUGCGACAAUCGUUUGCUAUCAACGAAGAUGUAAGUGAGUCUCUUUUACAAUGACCGACUGGUUUUCUCUAAUCAAAAGGGCCAAAAAGUCGUGUAUUGUGGAUCAUAAUUUGAAAAAAAUUCACUAUGACUUCGGAGACAAUAGAGAAAUGGUAGAGGAGUAUAAUCUGACAACUAAACUGUUAAACCGAAGAGCGUGGCGCAUGAAAAAUGAGCUUAAGGGUGAACCGAAGUGGGAAGUGGAACUGGGAGAUCCUGAACCAAUAUACAAUUGUGUCGACAAGUGUAUGAUACGCGAAAAUGCUGAUCAGCCAUUUAUCUGUAAACGUAACACAAAAUUGAAUUUGGAGUGGAGGAUACGUAAUUUGCCAUAUCCCUUAGAAGUUUAUUCAGUCACAGCGGAUCAGGACUCCCAGCAGUUGAUUGUAAGAACCACAAACAAGAAGUAUUAUAAGAGAUUGGAUGUUCCAGAUCUUCAAAGAUUAGGGAUUGAUUUAGUGCAGGCAAAUGUUGCCUUUUCCCAUAGAUACAACACAUUGAUCAUAACAUAUAAGAAACCCAAGCAGCUGUUGGAUUUUGAGAAAAACAUGUUAGAAGUAAUCAAAGGCAUUGAACCUCAGAAAUAUGGAGAAGGGUUGAAUGACUGUAAACCUAGUUAAAUAAAUUGAUAAUUGUAUUAACAUGUAAAAUGUUUUA